CUGCUACCUGGGCACGCCCGGCCGGGCAGCUGAGGGCGCGGCGCCGCGUGGCGGCGCUGAGGGGUCGCCGAGAGGAGCUCGGCGGCGUCUGUUGGAGCCGUUCCCUCGGUGGGCCGCCGGCGAGGGCAUGAGCGCGGACUCCCUCUGCCUCCAGAGCGGCGGGAGCGGCGAGGGGAGGAGGCGCCGCUUGGAGGCCACCGUCCAGGGCAGCGCCGGGGGAGAGCAGGGCGGGAGAUGUGCCUGUCCUUAGCGGCCCAGGAAGCAGCAUGCACCCCGAUGCCACCGACAGCAGCGGCGCCGGCCUCACGGGCGCCCCAGGCGAGCGGCGGCCGGAUUCCCGGGAGGACGCGGCAGCCCCCGGGGGCCCUGGCGGCGGGAGCUGGCGGGCGCUGGUGGCCGUGGCCGCCCUCGCCGCCGUGUCCCUCUGCUUCCUGGGGCCCGGCUGCUGGGAAGCGGGAAGCGCGGGGCCGGGCACCGUCCUGCUCAGGCUCAGCCUGUACCUGGGCUGCGCUGCGGCCGCCUUCCUGCUGGGGACCUUGUUCUCCCUGGUCUGCCGGAGCCCGCGAGCUCCGCCGCCCGACUUCGCCGCCGCCUGGAGACGGCUGGCCGCGGCCACCCGCCACCCGCCGGAGAGUCCUGUGUAUGGAAACUCAAACGAGUCAGUUCAGUCUAGAAGGGUAGUCAUUUCUCAUAACAUGGACAAAGCUCUGAAAGAAGUGUUUGACUACAGUUACAGAGACUACAUCCUGUCCUGGUAUGGAAGCCUCAGCAGAGACGAGGGGCAGCUCUACCACCUGCUUUCCGAGGACUUCUGGGAAGUUGCCAGACAGCUGCGCCACAGGCUGAGCCACGUGGACGUGGUCAGAGUUGUCUGCAAUGAUGUCGUGAGAGCUUUACUCGCUCACUUCUGUGACCUGAAGGCGGCGAACGCCAGACAUGAAGAACAGCCGAGGCCUUUUGUGUUGCAUGCAUUCUUGAGGAACUCAGAUGAUGAAGUAAGAUUUCUACAAACGUGUUCUCGGGUUCUGGUGUUUUGUCUCCUCCCCUCAAAGGAUGUCCAGUCUCUCAGCUUACGCAUAAUGCUCGCAGAAAUUCUCACAGCAAAAGUCUUAAAGCCAGUAGUGGAGUUACUUAGUAAUCCAGAUUACAUUAACCAGAUGUUGCUUGCCCAGUUGGAGCACAGAGAACAGAUGAAUGAACAUCACAAGAGAGCCUACACCUAUGCUCCCUCCUAUGAAGAGUUCAUCAAGCUUAUUAACAGCAACUCUGAUGUUGCGUUCUUGAAGCAACUAAGGUAUCAAAUUGUAGUGGAAAUAAUCCAAGCAACUACAAUUAGCAGCUUCCCCCAGCUGAAGAGGCACAAAGGUAAAGAAACUGCUGCCAUGAAGGCUGAUCUCCUGAGGGCCAGGAACAUGAAAAGGUACAUUAACCAACUGACUGUGGCAAAGAAGCAGUGUGAGAAGAGGAUCAGAAUCCUGGGAGGCCCUGCCUACGACCAGCAAGAGGAUGGGGCUUUGGAUGAGGGGGAAGGACCUCAAAGCCAGAAGAUUCUUCAUUUCGAAGAUAUCUUGGCCAGUACUUCCUACCGAGAGCACUUUCGAACGUACAUGGAAAGGAUGGACAAGAGAGCUCUGAUGAGCUUUUGGGAGUCUGUGGAAUAUUUAAAGAAUGCUAACAAGAACGAAAUUCCACAAUUAGUUGGUGAAAUUUACCAGAAUUUCUUCGUGGAGAACAAAGAAAUAUCUGUGGAAAAAUCACUUUACAAAGAAAUCCAGCAGUGUCUUGUAGGAAAUAAAGGAAUUGAAGUGUUCUGCAAAAUCCAGGGAGACGUUUAUGAGACGCUGAAGGAUAGGUAUUACCCUUCAUUUAUUGUCAGUGACCUGUAUGAGAAAUUGAUGAUAAAAGAGGAAGAAAAACAUGUCUCCCAGUUGAUUUCCAACAAGGAUGAAAUGGACCCAGGAGGUGAGGCUGGUGAGGCAUCUGUGGAUGAAGGCACCAGUCGGAUUAAUGAACAAACCAGUUUUGCUGUAAACAAACUGCGAGAACUAAAUGAGAAACUUGACUAUAAGAGGCAAGCUCUAAAUUCUAUUCAAAAUGCACCAAAACCUGACAAGAAGAUUGUUUCUAAGUUGAAGGAGGAAAUAAUUCUAAUAGAGAAAGAACGCACAGAACUUCAGCUGCACAUGGCAAGAACAGAUUGGUGGUGUGAGAACCUCGGUAUGUGGAAAGCCUCCAUCACCAGUGGAGAGGUUACAGAAGAGAAUGGUGAACAAAUGCCCUGUUACUUUGUCAUGGUAAGCUUACAAGAAGUUGGAGGAGUUGAAACUAAGAACUGGACGGUCCCCAGAAGGCUCAGUGAGUUUCAGAAUUUACACCGGAAACUUAGUGAGUGUUUCCCUUCUUUAAAAAAAGUCCAGUUGCCUUCUCUUAGCAAGCUGCCUUUCAAAUCUGUAGAUCAAAAGUUUAUGGAAAAGUCAAAGAAUCAAUUAAAUAAGUUUUUACAGGUCAGGACAGAUCCUCAAAAUAUCUUUGGUUUUGGGUUCUGGGUUUUUUUUUUUGGUGCUAUAUAUAUAUGUAUAUGUGUGUAUAUAUAUGUAUACUCUACAGACAGAAAAUGCAGAUACCACGUGUACGGCUUUCUCCAUUUUCACAAACUGGACACACCCUCGUAACUAGCACCUAGUCCCAGAGACAGUGUCACCAGUCCCGCCAGCGUCACCACAGGUAACCGUGGUCCCGACUCACGACCACGCAGUUACAGCUGGUUUUGAACUUCACAUGAGUGGACACCCUUCACUCGGGAUCGUGGGCCUGAGGUCCUCCCAUAGGGCUGUUUCAGUUGCAGACCGUUCUUUGGUUUCAUUUUUGUUCCCGUUUUCAUUGUUGAACGGGCUUCUCCUGGCGUGAACCCCCUGCAGUCUGUUCCUGCUCUUGUUGAUGGGCGUUCGGAGAGUUUCCAGCUGGAGGCUGUUAAUGAGCUGCCAGCGCUUGGCUUUUGGUGGAUAGCUGCUGGGGAAUCCCUAGGCAUUUGGGUUUUUCAGUUUUUCUGAGUGGCCGUAGCGGUUUGUACACUCUCACCAGCGGCAUGCGGGCUUCUGUUCACUCCACACUGGACGGUUUCUUUUGUGAAGUUAAAGUUGUGUCUGCUCUUCUGUCGUGUUGCCUGUCUUUUCCGUAUCGCUUUGCAGGAGUUUCGUGUGUGUUUUGGAUGUGCGUCUCUUGUCAGAGCAUAUGUGCUGUGGCUAUCUUCUUUCUGUGGGUUGCCUUUUCGGUCUCUUAAUGAGCAUAAAUUCUCAAUUUAAUUUAGUCCAAUUUAUCCAUUUUUUUUCCUUUUGUGGUGAAUGCCUUUUGUGCUUGUGGAGAAAUCCUUGCCUACUGCAAGGUUCUAAAGAUAGUCUCCUUAUUUUCUCUAAAUGCAUAACUGGUUUCUUUCACUCUAUCUUUAGAGCAUAAGACCGGACAAAGGUAUGCUGUCUCCAGUAGCAAACCACUAUUUAUUUUUUCCCUAGCUGGGGCCUCUGUAUUCAGGGUAUAGUUAAGUUGCUCACACCAUGGCCCCCAAAGCCCGUAUAGUUCUUGGGGGGCAUGGACCUUUGCCUUGUGAAACACUUUUUGCCAAUGCAGUAGUAGCUAGAAGUCCUGAGACUUAAUAACGGAUGUUGCCAGAUUCUUAGUAAAGGUUAUGUUAUAUUCAGUUGGAUCAGGGUGUGAAUCAUAGUUAAAGUAGGUACAUUUUAGCUAGAGUU